AUGUCAUCAGGAUACACCGAGGAGGAGGAGGAGGGCAAGAGGAAAGGUGUCAGGGAGGCCUCGGGAGACUCAGAGGAGCGAGGGAGCAAGAGGAAGAAGGAGGAGAAACAGAGAAGAGGAAAAGGACCAAUAUUUCACCACUGUCAACACUGUGACAAAUCCUUCACAACAUCCGGACAUUUAAAUCUUCAUCAGAGAGUUCACACUGGAGAGAAUCUACACAGCUGUGAUCUAUGUGGUAAAACCUUUACAAGGAGGGGUAGCCUAGUAAACCACCGCCGUGUUCACACCAGAGAGAAACCGUACCGGUGUGAUCAAUGUGGGAAAACCUUUACUUAUAAUAAUAGCUUUAAAUCUCACCAGCGCAUUCACACUGGAGAGAAGCCGCACAGCUGUGAACACUGUGGGGAAACGUUUUCUGAGAGCGGUAGCCUUAAAUCUCACCAGCGCAUUCACACCGGAGAGAAGCCGUACAGCUGUGAUAUAUGUGGUAGAGCAUUUUCUCAGAGUGGUCACCUUAAUACUCACCAGCGUGUUCACACUGGAGAGAAGCCGUACUCGUGUGAACACUGUGGGAAAAGGUUUUCUGGGAAUGGUCGCCUUAAAUUACACCGACGUGUUCACACCGGAGAGAAGCCGUACAGCUGUGAUCUAUGUGGAAAAACAUUUUCUGAGAUUGGUAGCCUUAAAUCUCACCAGCGUGUUCACACCGGAGAGAAGCCGUACAGCUGUAAACACUGUGGGAAAACGUUUUCUCAGAGAAGUAACCUUAAAUCUCACCAGCGCAUUCACACUGGAGAGAAGUUGUACUGCUGUGAUCUAUGUGGUAAAAUCUUUACAAGGAGGGCUAGCCUAGUAAUCCACCAACGUGUUCACACCGGAGAGAAACCGUACCGGUGUGAUCAAUGUGGGAAAACUUUUACUUAUAGUAGUGGCUUUAAAUCUCACCAGCGCAUUCACACUGGAGAGAAGCCGCACAGCUGUGAACACUGUGGGGAAACAUUUUAUGAGAGCGGUAGCCUUAAAUCUCACCAGCGCAUUCACACCGGAGAGAAGCCGUACAGCUGUAAACACUGUGGGAAAACGUUUUCUCAGAGAACUAACCUUAAAUCCCACCAGCGCAGACACACUGGAGAGAAGCCGACCUGGUCUGAAGUACUUUAGCUUUAAAUAAGCAAAACUACAAAGAGACAUAUGAAAGUACAGCGUCAAGAAAAAACAAUAACAACAGUGGGUUCAAAGGUUUGGGCACCCUAGAUAAAAAUGUGUAUUAAUGUGCAUAAAGAAUAAAAAAAAAAGAUGGAAAAAUCUCCAAAAGGCAUCAAAUGACAGAUUAGACAUUCGUAUAAUGUGUCACAAAAGGUUGUAUUUCAUUUCCAUCAUUUACACUUUCAAAAUAAAAAAUGACGUCUGCAAAAGUUUUGGCCCCCUGCAGAGUUGACACUUUGUACCCCCCCCCCCCUUUGGCAAGUUCACAGCUUGGAAACGCUUCGUCUUUAAUUCUUGUUGGAGGUAUCUUCGCCCAUUCUUCCUUC